UUGCUAGCUAGCUACCUGCAUCGCCUGCCUGCCAUGGAUUCGGAAGAUCGGAAAUCCCCUCUUUCCAAUAAUGAUCACGAUACUAAUGAACAAGGAUCUGAGUCCGAUCAACAUCACAACAAACCAAGUCCAACAACACAUAAUGCCAACCCGGGAGAGGAGGAGAAGUCCGACGACGACGUCGGAAAGGAACACCAUCACGCUCACGAUCAGCCUGCACCUGAUGAGCAUGAGCAUGAGCAGGAGGGGGAACCGGAAUCCAAUUCCCAAGAUCUGCCUCCUGAUCUCAACCAAGUUUCUCAAGAGAUUGAUCAAUUCAUCUCCUCUUUGUCUGAUCCAGACCAUCGGAUCGACCCGCCUGAAUUCCUCGAGCAAUUCUUUGACCUGAUCGAGGCCAAGCUCGAUAGCGGCUGCCAUUCGGGUGAAGCCCCUCCUGUAAAAUGGGGGGAGGAAGAUUCAGCUUCAUUUCUCCAAGACGUGAAUCGCAUUUCUUCCCUAUCGAAAGCACUUGAUAGAUUGAGAUUCUCCUCAGAUGAGAGGUACGCCGUUUCCAUCAAUCGCGUUGGCAGGCUUCUCCAGCGAGCAAUGUCCUACGCCGAGGAGGAGUUCAGGUCCAUCCUCGUCGAUUACAGGAUCCAUGAUUCUACUCCCAAUUCCAAACAUUCCACUGACCAACCAAAUUCUCUGGAACAACAAUCGGGAUUGGAUCAUGAAAGCACACACCCGCCUCCUCAAUCAUCAUCAUCAGAAGAAGCAGCAGCAGCAGCAGCAAAUAAUCAUAAUCAUAAUCAUAAUCAUAAUAAUAGUUCCGGAUACUCGGAAGGCAAUUUGUCGGGCUUGGUUAGGCUGUCAAAAGCAUUAGUUGCGGGGGGUUAUGAAGCAGAGUGCUGCCAGGCAUAUCUUGUGGCCCGGCGAAAUGCAUUGGAAGAGAGCAUGCAGAAGCUUGGAUUUGAGAAGCACAGCAUCGAUGAUGUGCAGAAAAUGCAUUGGGAAUCACUGGAGAGGGAGAUUGGGCACUGGAUCAGAACGUUCCAGCAAUGGGCCACCUCCGACUCUCCCAGCGAACGCAAACUCUGCGACACUGUCUUCUCCGAUAACCCCUCAAUAUCCAAAUGCCUGUUUGGCAGUUUGUCCCACGGGGUCACCAUUCAACUCCUCAAUUUCGCUCAGGCUAUUGCUCUAACAAGGCGUGCCACCGAGAAGCUGUUCAAAUUUCUCGAUGUAUAUGAGACUCUGAGAGACAGCUUUGCAGCAAUGGAUGACGACUUGUUGAUGAUGAUGCCACAAGAGAUUGGGGCUGAGCUCAAAGCCGAGGCGUCCUUGAUAAGGAUUAGUUUUGGUGAAGCCAUGAUCUUGAUAUUCAGUGACCUAGAAAACUCAAUCCAUGCCGACUCUGGGAAGAUUCCAGUUCCGGGGGGAGCAGUUCACCCUUUAACCAGAUACACCAUGAAUUACCUGGUGUAUGCCUGUGAGUACAAGACUACUUUGGAUCAAGUGUUCAGCGAGCAUCAGAAGGGGGGCAGAGCUAAUAAUAGUAAUAAUAAUAAUAAUAAUUCUUCGACAGAUCAUAGAUCAUCAGAAACCACCGCAGCAGCACCUAAUAGUAAUAAUAAUAAUAGUAACAAUGCGGCGGACGACUCCUCCUCCUCCUCUGCAUUCCAAGCCCAGAUCAUAAAGAUCAUGGACAUUUUGGACGCGAAUCUGGAGGGGAAAUCAAAGCUAUACAAAGAUGUUGCACUGAGUGCGAUCUUCAUGAUGAACAAUGGGAGGUACAUCUUGAAGAAGAUCAAAGGAUCGAGCGAGCUGAAGGCGCUGAUAGGAGACCCCAGGUACAGGAAAAAGUCGUCAGAGCUGAGGCUGUAUCACAAGGACUACCAGAGGGAAACCUGGGGGAAAUUGCUGGGGAAUUUCCACCCAGAGGGGCUAUCGGUUCAUGGCAAAGUAUCAAAGCCAGUUCUCAAGGAGAGAUUCAAAAGCUUCAACGCAAUGUUCGAUGAAAUACACAAGACGCAAGGCAGCUGGGUUGUUGGGGAUGAGCAGCUUCAGUCAGAGCUCAAGGUUUCCAUCUCUAACAUGGUUAUUCCAGCUUACAGGUCAUUCUUGGGAAGGUACGGUCAGGUGUUCACCCCGGGGAGGCAAACAGAAAAGUACGUCAAGUAUCAGCCCGAAGAUCUUGAAAAUUAUAUCGAGGAGCUCUUUGAUGGGGCUGCUGCCGGAAGAAAGAAAUCAUAACAUCAACAACAACGACAACACACCAACCCCGGGAGGACAGGGACUGGAUAUAUACAAAUAGCUUUUUAAUGCGAGUGGUGACGUGAGCGUGACAAAGAGCUUAAUUGCUGAAGAAGACAGCACAUUACCUUACCGGCAUUUUGCAUUUUGAACAGUGAUGAAAAUGCUGAUUUGGAUUCCCGGGGUGGUCGCCAAUUUUACAUUCCACGUCCAUGUAUGUACACAAUUCUUAAUUGGCAUGAACACGUACAUAUAUAUCAUUAUUCUUCAUCUAUUCAUUCAUUCGUUCAUCCUCAUCCUCAUCCUCAUCCUCUUUCCGCCUAUGAGUUGACUGACCUGUCUGUUAUAGUAAGCCAGAGGAUAGGAGAGGAGAG